AUCAACUCAACUCCCAUCCCUAACACAAUCUUAACCUAAAAAAAAAUUAAAUUUCUAUUUACAAAAAAUGUAAUUAAUUUUUGAUGAAAAUUUAUCAAUUUUUCCGAUUUAAAGGAUAUGUGUACACCACUUAAUUUAUAAAAAUGUGGAAACCUUUUAAGACUCCGGAAGCUAUAUACAUGCUACGUCUUGACGAACAAGACGAAAAUUUUAAUUUAAUUUUAACAAACAUUACAGAUAUUUGGGAAACUCAUUUUUCCCUUGAGCAAUUAGUAGAAAUCUUUAAAAAAGAAAACCCUAAUAUUGAAGCCACUGAAGAUAUUGUAAAAACAAAUUUGUUGAGCACAAUUGAGGAAUUAGGAAAUGUGAAUAUUUCUUUAAAUUAUAGUGAUAAUGAACUUAAUUUAGUUCUCCAGCCAAAGUGUAGCGAUGAAUCACUUAAGUUGGGUGUACCAAAUAUUGUUUAUACAUUUUCUUUACUAAAACAAGAUAGUUCUAAGUUUAAAAAUGAACUUACAAUUCCUUUAAUUCAAACUGUCUUUUUCUUGGAGAAACAGCAGCAGGUGUUAUUGAAUUUACUAAAAAAGAAAGACAGAGAAUUAGAAGAAUACAGAAUGGAAAAAGGGGACAUUUCCAGAAAUGAUUUAAAAACAGAAACAUUUCAUUUGGAAGGAGGAAAUAAUUCAAACAAUUUAUUUUUAAAAGUAUUCAAGGAAGGUGAUGAAUUUUGGAAAUAUUUUACUGACCAGCAUGGUAAAGUUGAAAUUGACUUACUAGAUGUUGAGCCUGAACCCUGGAAUAAAAAUAAAAGAAGAAAAGUAAUUCAUAAUGCCAAAACAGCGCCUAAAAAGGGCAUUCAGUAUAAAAAGUGAUAUUUUUAACUUAAAAUAUAUUUAUACACAAUAUUCACUUGUUAUUUUAUCAGUAUAGAAAUGUUUUCCCUCUAAGGUACUCUAAUAACCAAUUUUUAAGAUAAAAACAUUUGUACAAUUCAAUAAAUAAAUAAUGUUUUAAUAAUAA